AUGCCAACGCCGCCCUGGCCAUUAACCCCUCCUGAUGCCUCGGACCCCCCACCAACAGCCUCUAAAGAUGUCUCCUCCGUCGUAACCGCAAUUCAUGUCAUGUCCACUGAGCGUGCUGCGCUCUCCCACCUCGAACGCCUGUAUCAAACAGAUGCUCGAGCUCAGCAAGAGCUUGCGCGCGCAGUGGAUCAGAUUGCGCAGAGUGUACGCGACGGCGGCAAGCUCGUCGUUUGCGGCGUGGGCAAAAGCGGCAAAAUCGGGCGCAAGAUCGAGGCAACUAUGAACAGUCUAGGUAUAUACUCGGCGUUCUUACAUCCGACGGAAGCUUUGCAUGGCGAUCUGGGAUUGGUCCGGCCGAAUGAUACAAUGCUUCUCAUUUCGUUCUCAGGUCGCUCGCCUGAGCUACUAUCUCUGUUACCGCAUAUCCCCGCUUCAGUUCCUAUCAUCGCCUUGACCUCACAUACAGACCCGUCCACAUGUCCAAUACUAUCUUUGCAUGGGCCUUUGGGCCUGGGAAUCCUUCUACCGGCUCCGAUUCAUGAGGGCGAGGAAGCUUCUUUGGGAGUUUGCGCUCCGACAUCAUCUACAACGGUAGCCUUGUGUCUUGGAGAUGCAUUGGCUAUUGCGGUAGCACGCAUUCUACACACUGCGCCGGGCAAGGGACCUGCAGAUGUGUUUCGAAGCCACCACCCUGGAGGUGCAAUUGGUGCCGCGGCGAUGAUGGAGACACCGUGGACGGCCCCAUCCAGUGCUGUUUCAACGACGACAUUCGAUUCUCCAUCAUCAUCCAUUUCUUUACAAUGGGAAGACCUCAAUAGCAGUCCCUCCAUUCCGCCAUUUACACUUCAGUCUCCACCUGAACAUCGCCUCAUCCCUUCAGAUAUACUUGUUCCUCUUGAUCAAAUCCCCACUGCUUCAUCAGCCACCGCAAAGGGCCCCGGUGAUGUUCGGUUACUCGACAUUCUUCUAGCGGCCAUUCAGCACCCCAAUGCGAAAUCAUGGGUGUUCCUUUCACCGACUGAGAUCGCCCCACCUCGCAUGAUUCGGUCCCUUCUGUCCCGACAGACUAAUGUGGACCUGUGCGUCGCCGACGCCGUGGCUAAAGACCCUGGCCAGCCACUCACCGUGGCCCGGUCUGACUGGUGUCUAGUGCCAGAAUCGACCCCGCUUACUGAGCUGCGGCGCUUGGUCUCCACAUCCCGAGCUAGCUCGACCCCAAUAGCUGUUAUCGCUGUGAUGAAAGACAUCACCAUCCCUAGCAGUUGUAUAGGGGUAGUAGAAGCAGAGGAUCUUUGGGGUGAAUGA